AUGAAGUGCAUUUUUUAUAUUGUAAUACGAUCCAUAACUCUAAUUGUUUGUCUGAGCAGUUUGUAUGGACUUAAUUUUCCGAACUGCAGUAGUGUGGAGUUCUUUGAAGCCAGUAGUUUUAAUUGCCGGCCAUGUCCUUACAAUGGUUCCAUGGUUGCGUCUGUAGAUGGUCUAUCUUGCAUUUGUGAAAAUCAUAGUAUUGUGACGGUCUCGGGGCGCUGCAGAGCAUGCAACGUAACAGAGGUUGUAUCCGCUGAUGGUAGCAGUUGCGUGCCGCGGAGAUGUCAAGCCUCUGCCGGCAGGGUAGUCUGUAGAAGAUGCCCCAAAGACUAUAUUGCGAUGACCCAAAAUUACGAUGGAUCUCCCAUGAAGGUAGUGCAGUGUGUUAAGUGCGCACGAGGGUACCGCCCUCUGGGGGACACCUGCGUCAAGUGCCAUGGCUGCGACUGCAAGAGGCUCGAGGUGCUUGUCCAUGGCACAUGUUUACCAAAGAAAUACGUCACCGAACGACCUAAGUACGAAGAGAAUCUAUUACAUCCAAGUUAUCUGCUCGAUAUCGUAAAAUACGAAUACUUGUGUGUUAUUUACAACAUAUCAGCUUGUCGCUGGCUGGCUAACGCAUGUGUGAGCAAUUUUUACUCUUCUGAUCCUGCGGGAGCAUGCAGGUUGUGGAUUUAUCCUAACCUAAUCAGUCACAAUAUUUUGCCAACACUGUCGGCAAAUAAAUCUGAAUCAGACCGAGGGAAAAAUGAAAUACAUUUAUCUAAUAGACAGAAUACAUUAUUAAUUAGUUCAAUUAGUUACAAAAAUGAUGGAAGCUUUAAGCAACAUUUGGAUCCACGUAAAAGAAUCGUUCCUUGUCUUCCACCUUUUAUGAUAACGAUAGGCGAAGAUUAUUCGCUAGAUUGUCCAAUCAAUAUUUCAGAAGUAUUUACUUUAUAUAAUGAAAUACAUGCGUUAUACGUUUCUUCUGAUAAAACGAGGAAACCAAUAUCUAUAUUAAUACGAAAACCAAAUGGACAAUACGUAAAGAAAGGCUUGUGGUAUUCAAGUAAGUUUUCAAAAUACUUCGUAUUCCGUCGAUCUCUCUCUGCGACGUCGAAUGUUACUAACUUAAUUUAUUUGAGAGAGUUUUUGAUACGACUUCGAAUUGUCAGGGACCAGAAUAGCGUGGGCGCUUUAAAAGUAAAUUUAAAUGUGGAAGCUCAUUACGCUAUUAAAUCUCCAGCAUCCGAUAUCUUCAUGAUGUCUUUGCGAGUGAAUAAUGACUUGCCAAGUGCUGGAGUUAUACGUGGUCUGGAGAUAUGGGGCAGUAUCCUUUGUUUUCUGAUGGUAGCCUACGCUUUUCUCCAGUGGCGCGGCGUGUUGCGGCGUGGUGGGCUUAAAGUUUCUUUACUACCAAUCAUGGCUGGAUGUAUUUCAGACGCAAUCUACUUCGCUACUUGGACCACAUUAGUCCAUGCAUUAGCGGCAGAAGCUGGCACACUUGGACUGACAUUACCGUUGGCACAGUCCGAAGAACAAGUGACGGCGGCUAUGAUUUAUACAAUCCUUACCUUGAAGGUUAUAAAAGUGGCAUAUACAAAUUGGAAAUUGAGUCGCUAUGACAUAUUUUUUAUCGACUGGUCUGAAUACAAUCCAUCUUUUAAAGAUACGUUGUUAUAUGAUCAAUCAAAUGAGAAGAAACAAGGUAUUUUAGCAAGGGAAUGGAUUGAGAUGCAUACAAAGAGAAGAACAUCCCCUGCAGUUACUGUUAUAUUAACAAUUCUUACUCUAAAUUUACUGCUACCCUGGCAAUUGAUAAUGCCCAACAGCGAAGGAUAUAAAUGGGCCAUUGCAACUAUUGCCUGGUGGUCUUCCUACAUAUUAGUUUUCUUAACUCAAAUGGUUGCAGACCGGCUAGUAGGAUCUCCCCCCAUUAAACUUCAAAGGAUAUGUACUGGUUUAGAAAUCUCCAUGUUGGUAUUUCAAGAAGAAUUGUAUGCACAUUACGUGCAUGGACGCAAUGAUGAAUCUUCUGAUACGAGAUAUUUGUCAGGUCCUUUAACGACUUGUCGGGUAUCGUGCGCACCACAAUUUAGAAUACUAUUAUCAAAAUUUUUAGCAGCCUUUUUUGAAAGAGCUCUAGAUGGUCUGAGCUGGGUGGCUAGUGAACGAACUGUUCUCGAAAAACUUUUAGAUUUGGAAAUUACUACUAGAGAAGGUGGCAACACCAGUAUACUACUGUAUGAAACUGACAAUUUAACGCCAUCUUGCUUUUCAAUCACCUGGUGGGGUAAUGAAUGGACACUGGCAACAUUUGAUUCCAUAGUAUUUAGUUGUGUACUGUUUUCUACCAAUAAACCAUUAUAUGCCGCCUUCGUUACUGUAGCACUGUGGCAGAUAAUGAAAUACACGAUCACAUGGUUAGCCAUUAGGAAUGUAAAGGAGAAAACAAAAGUAAGAGGCAUUUGA